AUGCCAUACUCACUGCAGAACCGCAAUGUCCUUGUUACUGCAGGAUCAAGAGGACUAGGCGCUCUCGUCGCCCAGAAGUUCGCAGCGGAGGGCUGCAAUGUUGCGAUCAAUUACUUCUCCAGCAAAGAAGCUGCGGAGAAGAUAGCCUCCGAUAUCCAGGCUCAGCACAACGUCAAGGCGAUCACGAUCCAGGGUGAUGCGAGUGUAAAAAGCGAUUGCGAGAGCAUGGUUCGGACGACGAUCGAACAGCUCGGCGGGCUGGAUGUACUGGUUUCGAACGCUGGCUGGACCAAGAUUACUGUCUUUAAUGAUCUGGAUGCCAUGGACGAUGAGGAUUGGGAUAAGUGCUGGACUGCCAACGUAAAAGGGCACCUGUGGCUCUUCAAGGCAGCAUUGCCAAGAUUCAGAGCCAACCCUGACGGUGGUGUUUUCCUCCUUACUUCGUCGGCCGCAGCUGUUUCGUCUACAGGGAGUAGUUUGCCAUAUUCAGUCACAAAGGCUGCAGGCUUGCAUUUGGUCAAGUGUCUAGCGCAGACUCAGGGAAAUAAGGUCCGAGUAAAUGCGGUUCUUCCAGGUCUUCUUCUGACAGAAUGGGGUCUGCGAUUUCCCAAGGAAAAGAUCGAGCUUUAUAAAGCCAAGGCGCCCCUAAACACUGUGCCCGAGGUCGAGGACACGGCUGAUGCAUACAUCACGUUGGCCAAGAACUCAUCGAUGACUGGGCAAGCAUUCCAAGUCGAUUCGGGCUUUGCCAUGAACUUCUAA